AUGCAGAGCAACUACAGCUACCCGCAGUACACGCUCCCCGGGGUGAUGCACUACUUGCAGACGGAGUUCACGAAGAACGAGCGCGACCGCAUCACCUGGGAGCUAGAGAGGUCUGAGAUGCGGUCGUACAUUGCGAAGCUGGAGGGUGAGAACCGGGACUUACGCCACAAAGUUGCUGCGCUCGAGUCCGGGCAGGCGCGCGAGAAGAGCAAGCACCAGGGGGACUUGGAGCCCCAGUCAUUAUCGCUUGGGGACGGUGCGCUGGAGAAACUCACAAAGGCGAGGGAGAACGUCCAGGAGAACGUGAAGGAGAUUAUAUACUUGCUCAAUGGGCCCAAUGUUACGACGCAAUUGGCCUCCGUUAGCGGUAGGGGGAUGCCCCUGCAUACCAUGGAAGAGUUGAGCCUCAAUACUAAGAGACCUGUCGAGACGCAGCGAGUUGACGAGUCCAACGGGGGAGCACGACCCAUUGACGAGUCCGUGGACUCUCUAUUCAGCACGAAGAGCGGUGCGGUGAACCCACAGGUGGCCCCCGUGGAGGUGGCAGGGGGGGCGGGCGCGGGUAUGGACGCGGUUGCGGCUGCUGAGACGCGGGAUCUCGGUGCGGGCGUUGUCCCGAACACGCGAGCGGAUACAUGCCACAAGCAGGUACUCAAAGUGUUCAAGAACAAUAUCCUAGCUACGCUGAACGGUACGCUGAAAUACUACAUUAUAGACGAGGACUCUAAUUGCAAAGAGAUGGAAAUGGCGUUCGGCCCGUUGCUGAAGGACGACUUGCUCGACAUUUUCUGGUUGAACAACGACGAGAUUCUGUCGCUGGACCAAGAGGGGAUCAAGCUGUGGAACACAUACAAGAAGCAACUCGCUGGAUCGCUCAGCAUCUUUGACGCCGCGUUGAAGGUCGAUUACAAGCAAAUUAUCAACGUGGAUUACAAGAACAAGUGGCUGCUCCUGACCACUUUGGACACGGUGCUCAUACUCGAGCUGAGUAUAAACAACGACACGAACCCGCUUUCCGUCCAUAACGUGUACAGGAUACCCGUGGAGCAAUGCCACAGCGCCAUCCUGGGGAUUACUGAGAAAUCGUUCAUUGCAGCGACAUCUGUCCCACUUAAAUUGACUAUCUACAAUUUCGACGGAGAGGUUUUGCAGACCGUGGACAUGAGCAAAGACGUUUUCAACAAGAGGUCGAACAACGAUAUAAACCUGUUCUUGAACAAGGACUCGUCCAAGCUGCUAAUCCAGCUGAAGAGACGCAUCAUAUUCUACUCCUUCGAGCAAAAACGAAUCGUCUUCCAGAAGACGCUGCGCUCGAAGCCCACGGCAAUGUACUUCAAGUACGCCUCAGAUGUCAUCGGAAUUGCAUACUCGAACGGCGUUGUCGAGGUCAGGAAGUUGGCCAAUUUCAACGAGGUGAUUUUCCACUACUCGCAUGUGGAACCCAUCGUGCAACACACCCUCUCUACCACGGCAGAUGACGCAUUGCAGGUAUCUAUCGAGGCGACAACCUUCGACGGCAAGCCCGUCCUUUUAUCCCUCGGCAACAACAUUCUGAAACUGGAAACGACAGAGCUAUAG